CUUUUUUUCUAUUUUCAAAAUUUUCUUUUUUAUUAAAAUUUUUGGAAAUAUUUUUUGUUUUCGAAAUUAAUGUUGGUUUUAAUUUAAAUGGCUUCAAAUACCAAAAAUCCCAGUGAAUCCCCACAAAAAGAAAGAAAAUCUUUGGAUGAGGUGGAGGAAAAAUCGUAUACAGCACCAGAUGUACCUAGAGUUAAACUGAAUAAUGAUAAAGAAAUACCUGUAAUAGGUCUGGGAACGAGUAAACUACAAACCAAGUGCAAGGAACUGGUGGGAGAUGCCCUUAAAUUGGGUUAUCGUCAUAUAGAUUGCGCCGAAGUUGAUGGUAAUGAAAAGGAAAUUGGUGAAGCUAUCAAGGAAUACAUUAAGAAGGGUUUAAUAACAAGAGACGACAUAUUUGUCACUAGCAAGUUGUGGAAUAAUCAUCAUACUCCACAACUGGUGCGUAAAGCUUGUGAAGCCUCCAUAAAGAAAUUGGGACUUAGCUAUUUAGACUGCUAUAUAAUGCAUACGCCUAUGGCCUUUCGGGAGGGUGAUAUUUACCAACCGAAAGAUGAAAAUGAUAAGUUAAUAUAUUCCGAAGUAGAUUUCUUACAAACCUGGCGUGCUAUGGAAAAAUUAGUACAAAAUGGUUUGGUUAAGACUUUAGGAUUGGCCAAUUUCAAUAUACGACAGCUAAAUAUUUUACUGGAAAAAGCUCAUAUUAAACCGGCUGUUCUGCAUGUCGAAUGUCAUCCGUAUUUAAAUCAACAAAUAUUAAUGGAUUUUUGUGCGGCCAAUGAUAUUGUGGUGGUAGCACAACAUUGUCUGGGUAGUCCUUCGAAUAUUUAUCGUUUGCAUAAUAAAAUUCCCCUAACGCAUAAUGAGAAGAUUUUGGAAAUAGCAAAGAAAACAAAACAUACACCGGCUCAGGUUUUGAUCCGUUACCAAAUUCAGAGGGGAAAUAUUGUUAUAGCUACGGCCGUGAAACGAUUAUAUAUGAGAGAGAAUAUUUUAAGUGUUGGCUUCAAGUUGGGUUCGCAGGCUAUGGCGGAUAUAGAUGAAUUGGAUACGGGUACUAGGGUGUAUGCUUUAGAAGAUUGUAAAGGUCAUCCGCAUCAUCCUUUCGAAAAAGAUUUAUAUUAAUUU